CGUGAAGAUUCAUAAACAAUACUGACGAGUAAUAGUAAGCACGCAUCAGAAGAUAGUAGUAAAAACAACAAUGACGAAGCUUAUAGUAUUGUUGUUUGUGCCGGCCCUUGUCUUCACAAAUGCAAGGCAUAUACAUCCCCAUGGAGAUCCCCAUGCAAGUCAUCAAGCUGUAGACGAGUUAUGUGAGCAUGGUGCUAAGAAAGCUUUAAAAACUGUGCCGAUUAAAGAUGAAUACAUCAAUGUGGAGGUAAUAGAGGAAAUUCCACGCAACAUUAAACCGAAUCGCUUCAUGCCACUGAACAACCAGAUCUUCUUUAUGGGUCAAAUGCCUUGUCCAGAGGAGGGCUUCAAGCGGGACUAUUUGGGUAUCUGCAGGGAAGUCUGGGACUAAUCGGAUCAGGAUCUUCUUAGUUUGUUCACCGAAAAUAACACAUAAUGACAUGACGGCCAAAUUAACACUGGAAUCGGCACCAUGUACCUAUACUUUCAAUCUUUUGGGCAUUGUUCAAGUCAUCAUUUACCGCGAAAUUUUUUAGAAACAAUAAUAAAUUCAUGCCCAGUGGUUUGAUCCAGGUACUCUAAAUAUAAGGUGCUCUAUAUUAAUGUGAUACUAGUCAUAAGAUUUAGUUAUAGAGUCUUGUUCGUGUAUCAUGGACACGGCAAAAAUAGGUAAUAUAAGUUGUAAGUAAUUUAGUGCAAUAUAGAUCGUGUCAUUCACGAAGACACGUGCCUUGAUUCUUAUUGUCAUGUUAUUAACGGUUAGAUAUGACAAAUCUGCGCGUCUUCGUGGAUGACGCGAACUAUAAUUCUGCCACAUGACUGAGACGCCAACGUAUUUACGAACGUUUGAUACAACGGUUGGCAUAACAACAAACAACUCCAUUCGCACGGCGUUUCAGUCCAGCGGCAAACCUAGACUUUGAUGUUCGAUAAGAUAUCCUACAAAGGCUAAAAAUACUUUAUCACGUCCCGUAGAGAUAAAAAUUUAUGAAGUGCAAUGGAAUAUUUUAUAGUUCUUCAAUGAAUGUAAAGAGUGCUUAUUGAUUAAGUAUAAUAAUAAAUGUGAUCGUGCAACACAAA